ACAUAUGUGUAUGAUGAUUUAACCCCCCUGGCGGUAUUCCCGAGUGUAGCUCGGGGUAAAGUUUCAGCACCACAAGCGCUACACUCGGGAAUACACUGCAGAGUUUCUCCGGGAUCUCUUCUUCACUUACCUUGUCCUGCGCUCCCGCGAUGUCCCUCCUGCAGUGUCCCCGGCAAUGUCCUCCGGCCGAUGUCGGCAUCUGUCUUCUGGGUUCCGUUCCCUGCAACGUUGGGACGUACGGGGGACAGAAUGUCGGGAAAUUCAAAGAUGUGAAAAAGUGA